AUGGCACCGACAGCGAGAUGGACAAAGCUGUGCGAGGAUGAUUCUAUCCGCCGGUCCUCGCAAGCUCUAGCUAUUGCCGGGGACUCUGCAUACAUCUUCGGAGGGGAACUACGACCCCGUGAACCCGUCGAUUCCAGCGUAUAUCAAAUCCCCACCAAACCAAGCCAGAACCAGACCCAGCACCCUCUUCAAAAGAUCCCCUUCACCUCCCAACAACAGAACCAAGAAACUCCCCAGCCACGAGUCGGCCAUGCCGCCACAACGCUCCGUGGCAAAAUAUACAUCUUCUCCGGCCGCAGCGGUGUCGCCAUGGCCCCGAUCGAAGAACACGGCUCAUUCUGGGUGUUUGACCCAACGCAAAACUCCUGGUCUCGCUUGACUCCCAAGGACCCUGACGCUCCCUACCCCCAGGGACGAAGUUACCACGCCCUCACGGCGGCCGAUGACGAUAGCCAAAACACCAUUUUCCUGCACGCGGGAUGUCCCGAGUCCGGCCGCCUCCAUGAUUUAUGGUCCUUUGACGUGUCGAACCGCACAUGGCGCGAAUUGCCGUCUGCUCCUGGCCCCGAGCGCGGAGGCACCUCUGUCGCUUAUCUCGGGGGCAAACUAUACCGUAUGAACGGGUUCGACGGCAAGACCGAGCAAGGUGGUCGAAUCGACGUCUUUGACCUCGGCCAGGCGCGCUGGUUGGACAAAGAGUCAAUCGAGUUCGUGCCCGAUGGUGUCAAUGGCCCGCCUCCCCGGAGCGUCAGUUGUCUCGUGCCUGUGAACCUAGGUGGCGGCUCGAACUCGAACAAGCCUGGUCUGCUCACCAUGUUUGGCGAGAGAGAUCCUUCUUCGCUGGGCCAUCAGGGCGCGGGCAAAAUGCUCGCUGAUGUGUGGUUGUUUGACCUUGAGUCGAAAUCAUGGACUGAACUCGAGCUUCGUCUUGAUGGAGGUGGUGAGAAGCCUGUUCCGCGAGGUUGGUUUGGUGCGGCGCCUGUUGGCGCAAAUGCUGUCGUUGUGCAUGGAGGCCUGUCCGAGUCGAAUCAGAGACUGGGUGAUGUCUGGUUGUUGGAGCCGUUGCUUUGA